CAGCCUCACGGCAGGGCCCCGCACCCCAGAAGUGCAGCCGGUUCUCUGGCCUGGACGCCGCAGCAGAGUCGUCCAUUCGGGGGUCCAGCACUCCUGCCUCCCUUUCCGGUCGGGGCCAGCAUUCCCAGCUCGUGGCCUGAGGCGCUUGAGAAGGAGCUGGGGGAGGAGAAAUGGGGUAAAGCCCGACGCCAACGGCAAACGAUCUUGCUGCCGUCGUCAGCCCUCGGGAAAUCAUUUUCAUCUCGUGGCGGGAAGAGAUCCCAGAAGCUGUGGGGCUGCACCUUUGGUAACUGGAAUCCCGGAUGCCUGCUCCAGCGUCACCGCCCUUGCCAGCUCCGGGAAGCCCUCCUUUCUGCCAGAAACCAGUUGUGACACAAAGAAGCUUGACUCCCCUGCAGGAGCGAGAGGUCACCUGAAGAGAGCAAGCCCCUGGAGGAUGUGAGACAAUGAAGGAAGAGAGAGAGGAGUACAGCUAUCUUGAAGCCACCCCAGGUUGUUGCUCACGCCAAUCCUUCCAUGCUGUCUUCAAGCCCUACUUCCUGCACAUCUCCCAGCCCUGAUGGGGAGAACCCAAGUAAGAAGGUCCAGUGGACUUCUGGGAGGAGGAGGACGUCAUCCACGGACUCAGAGUCAAAGUCCCACCCCGACUUCUCCAAAGUACCCAGGUCCCGGAGACCCAGCCGGCUGACGGUGAAGUAUGACCGGGGGCAGCUCCAGCGCUGGCUGGAGAUGGAGCUGUGGGUGGACGCGCAGAUUCAGGAGCUCUUCCAGGGUCAACCAACUCCUCCUGAGCCUGAGAUUGACCUGGAAGCUCUCAUGGAACUAUCCACAGAGGAACAGAAGACUCACUUGGAGGCUCUUCUCCAAAACUGCCCCCGCCCCACAGAGUCUUUUAUCUCUGAGCUGCUCAGUCAACUCAAGAAACUCCGGAGACUCAGUCGGCCUCAGAAAUAAGCCUUGGGAGACUACCUUCAGCAGCCUUAGCACUGCCAGGCCUGCCCUGAACCUCAGAAUCCUGGGCUGAGAGGGAGAUGGUCCCCUGGGACAAAGACAAGGAAUGUGGAAGAUGAGAAGGGACAUUUGGAUACCUCUUGUGUAUGUGUAGCCACAGCUGGUUCCUGUUAGCUAGGCUUUCUGGAAGCCAUUCAUGGCUGUUGCCCGGUACUUUCCUUGGCAGCCAAGUGGAUAAAACCUUUGGGA